GUCAAGAAAUUCCGGAUGUGUUUGUCGCCUUAAACAGUCUAUGGUUUGUUGUGCUAACUACCAAAGGUCAUUGAUAUGUAGUACUGCACUGUUUUAUAACUUUAUUAAACCCGCUGUGGUGCAUUAUAAUGAUCCACUUGGAGCUACAAUGGGGAAUGCGCAGAGUUACACUGCUGCCUCGCUCUCUGCAUGUUGUGUGUAUAUCAUUUAUGUUUACAUUUACUGCUCUCAUAAGUUGUUGAAAACAAGUGUCCUCCACAACGAGAGACUUCCCAGUUUCGUGUAUCUUUACAUCAAAUAUGUGACCAGAGCUCUGACUCGGAGGACAGGCUACUUACACACAGCAACGACAGAGACGCGUGACGUCGUUUACACGGUCCUCAGCUGCAGGCUGGAGACUCCCCUGUUGAGGAGGUUCUGCAGUGCUGCAGGGUAUGGUUGGGAUUAUCCAGACACCCAAUACAGAGACAUCCCACUGUGCUUCCCAGAGAUCCUGUGCCGCAGACUGCUGCUCAUGGUGCUGACUGAUGAAAAUUUCAGCCUCAGCCCAGCAGGUCUGGUUCGUGUGCAACAAAGAGUGAAAACCCUUCAGCCAGUCGAUGAACUGAAGAGGGGUCCGUUCAUGCUGCAGGCUCGAGUCCUGGAGUAUCGGCAAAUUGAUGCAGGGGUGGAGGUGGACAUCUGUCUGUCUGCCACUUCUCGUGCCGGUUGCCCAGUGUGGGAGAGCGUCCUGACACUGCUGUCCAAAAACACAAACCACAAAGCCAGCAUAGGCUUACUCAGGAAUGAGCGGCAAUGUCUUUCGACAGGCCAACCCAAUGAGUCUGUGCCAGAAAAUGUAAAGCGGGUAGAGCUCAGAGUUCCGAGGAUUACCGGCCUGCAGCGUGUAUGGUCCUUCUCUGACUACAACCCCUAUCGGCUCCUCUCUCUACCAGCCAGGCUCGUUGGCUACAGAUUGCAGGCACCAAGUCUCUGGAUGCUGUCUGUCUGCUUGGCUGAAAUAGAAAAGCACAAAGGUGUUGGAGUCAUCACAGCUCCCAUCAGCAUCACUGCCCAGUUUAAAGAGCCUCUGUUGGUACCAGGCAGAGUGACGAUCAAGUUUUGGGAGACAACCAAAGAUGGGGAUCAGUCUCCUGCCCAAAGCCUCAGUUUCCAUAUGCAGCAACAUGGAAGCAACAUCUCUCACAUGAAGGGUUUGAUUUCGAGGUGACUGAUUAACAUAGAAGGUCAAAUGCUGAUACAGUUGCACACAAAAGUUUGGGCACUCUUCAUCAAAAUUGUAUUCACUGUGCAAUCAAGCAAAAGAUGACUUGAUUUCCUUAAGGCAAUAACUUCAAGACAACACAUUUCUUCAACAUUUUAUUAUUUUUUUAUUUCGGUCUUUUACAGUUUAAAAAUAACAAGAUAGGAAAAGGGCCUGAAGCAAAAGUUUGGGCACCCUGCAUGGUCAGUACUUGGUAGCGCCCCGUUUGGCAAGUAUCACAGCUUCUAAACACCUUUUGUAACCAGUUCUUGUUUGGGGGAUUUUCCCUUCAAAAUUUGCAUCACCUGGCCUUUCCUAACGAUGAUUGUGAACAAGCCAGAACCCUAACAAACUGAUUAAAGUCUGAGACCCUGUUUGGGAGCUCAAAUGUCUUGGGUUGCCCAAACUUUUGCAUGGUGCUCCUUUUAUUUUUUUUCACUCUAAAAUUGUAUAAAACAAAUAUAAUACAUUAAACUUGCUUAAAACGUUAAAAGCAUCUUGUCUUUUCUUCUACUUACUUAACUAUUCACAGUAAAAUAAAUUUUGACAAGGGGGGGCCCAAACUUUUGCAUGCCUUGUAUUGUACUUUUUCUGUUUUGUUCUGCUACAGUGUUGACAACACAGUUAAAUGCAACACGGUUGGUCUGCACAAUCAUCAAUCAAUAUUUAACACUCAAGUUGGUUUCAUAUGAUCAUAAAAUAAUGUCUAUUUAUUGCAAAUUUAAAUCCAAUAUUCUCACAAGGGUGUGUAUUAUUAGAUGUUUCUGUGUCUGAGCCAGCUUUUUGUUAAAGAUAUCAGCUAUCAGCAGUUAUCAGCUUCAUUGAGUGCAACUGCUUCACUACCUUCUGAUAAUGGUAAUGCAUUUUCUUUUAUAGAAAAUGCUUUUUUUUUUUUUUUUUUUUAAACCCAAAAACAUAAAAAUAAGAACUUCCACUGUAAAAUAAAAUGUGCCAUGUCCAGAUGCAUAUGAGGAACUGAUUUAUAUAAUGCUGAAUCACUUUGUUAUGUGCAUGUUGGAUAAGUUGUUAUAUAAAUGACAACAGCUGUGUCAGUGACCCCUGAGAGAAACUUGGUUUGUACAUCACAGUGAAAAAGCAAAGGAAAACAAGCACAUCCAGUGCAGUGCUGCCUUACAGACAUCAGUGGGGCUUCUUUAAAACAAAAUGUAAAGGCCAUACACAAAUAAAGCAUGUACACAAGGACACACACACACAC